AUGGCGGCGCGGCGCGGGCUGGCUGCGGCGCUGCGGGGCUGCGGCUCGGCGGCUGCGGGGCAGGAGCGGGACCCCGGGGCCGCGGCGCUGUACGCCCACUGGCCCUACUGCCUCAAACGCUGCAGCUACUGCAACUUCAACAAGUACAUCCCCCGGGGCCUCGACGAAGCGGCGGUGCGGAGCUGUCUCGCCCGGGAAGCCCAGACCCUGAUCCAGCUGAGCCGAGUGCAGAGGAUCAGCUCGGUGUUCUUCGGCGGGGGGACGCCGAGCCUGGCCAGCCCACUUACCAUCGCUGCGGUGCUGGAGACCGUUUUACAGUGCUCUCGCUUGGCGGCAGACGCGGAGGUCACUCUGGAAGCCAACCCCACCUCGGCCGGAGCCUCGCGGCUGGCGGGCUUCCAGGCGGCAGGUGUCAAUCGCCUCUCUAUUGGCAUCCAGUCAGUGGACAACUCAGAGCUCCAGCUCCUCGGGCGGGACCACACGGCGGAUGAGGCUUUGAGAACCCUGGAAGAGGCCAAGAAACUGUUUCCAGGACGCACGUCCAUUGACCUCAUCUUCGGCCUCCCGGGCCAGAGCGUUGCCUCGUGGGCCAGGGGGUUGGAGCGCCUGCUUCAGCUGUGCGAUGACCACGUGUCCCUGUACCAGCUCACGCUGGAGCGGGGCACCUCCCUCUUCAAGCAGGUGCAGCAGGGUGCCCUGCCUAUGCCUGAGCACGACGUGGUGGCCGAGAUGUACGAAGUGGCGCGGCGGAUUCUGCAGGAUGCAGGCUUCCGGCAGUACGAGGUCUCCAACUUUGCCAGGAACGGCGCACUCAGCACCCACAACCUGUCCUAUUGGCAGGGCAGCCAGUACAUCGGGAUCGGUCCAGGAGCCCACGGGAGGUUUGUGCCCCGAGGAAGCGGUACGAGCCUUCGGGAGGCCCGGAUACAGACCCUGGAGCCAGACAACUGGAUGAGGGAGGUGCUGGCCUGGGGACAUGGGACCAGGAAGCGGGUUGCACAGAACCCACUGGAUGUGCUGGAGGAGAUCUUGGCUCUGGGGCUCCGCACAGAUGUUGGGAUCACACACCAGCACUGGCUGCAGUUUGCUCCCAGCCUGAGCCUGUGGGAUGCAUUUGGAGCCUCGGAAGAAGUGAAGGAGCUGGAGGACCAGGGCUUCCUGCUUUUGGACCACAGGGGACUAAGAUGCUCUUGGACAGGUUUGGCUGUGCUGGAUUCUCUGCUACCAACUCUUCUCAACCAGCUCCAGCAGACCUGGGCAGACAGGGUAUCUCCUACCUGAUAGCUCCCUGCCAGGAGGCAGGGGCUUGUCUUGGCACAUGCAGACAAGCCGCUCAUGGAUUCUGUCCACCUGGGGAACUGGAACAUGGAUAGAUCUUGCCUCCAAUCUGAAAGGCAUUUCAGAGGGAGCACUUAAUCCCUAAGCAUCUGGAGAGAUCUUGGCUGUUACCGUACUGGAUCCCAGGGUAAGGGCCCCUCUGGGAGAUGUUGCAUCUAUGCAGAGCAGAGAAGACACCAGUUCUUUGCUUUCUAAGCACCCUGUGUGCUAAGUGCUAUGGAGAAUAAAACGGGUGAAGUACAUUUUAACUUUAGAACGAAUGCAAAGAAAACUCAAGCAUGGCUUCUGCAGUUACAAAAACAUGAGGGAGGGAGGUCCUGCACUGUGCAGGCAGCCUCACUCCAGCAGAGGGCAGUAAGGGGCAGCACAAAUCCUGCCCUAGCAAAACUCCUUAGAGAGACUUUGCACCCACAGCUCCCCAGAAGGGGAUCACCCCCCAAAAGGGGAUGUCUCGCUCCCUGCCUGGGGUUAGCUUUGUGGCUGCUGGGUUUUUGUUUGGAUCAGACUUUCCCUUUGCUCUGUUAUACCAGAGUGUGCGAAGGGUUUGCUGGCACAACUUUCAAUAUGCUUGGCCUUGGGACUCCAGUGUUGAUACUUCCAGCCCAGUUCAGAAGCAGGGCUUAGUGUCUACCUCAUCUCCUUUUAUUGUUCUUGCUGCCGUGAGUGCUAGAGCCGCAGGUAGGUGGCAGGAAUUGCAGAGACCCAUCUCCCACUACCCCGGCGAGCUGGGAAGAGGCAGAUCCUACCUCCAAGGAGUGCACACCGUGAAGCCCCCAUCCUCUACCAUGCAGAUUGCAUAUGGAUAUUGGUCACCUUCCCAGGGGAUGCACUGCUGCACUGACCAUGUCCGGAGGGGGCUCUGUCCACUUUUACCGACAGAACGCUUGCCAUCUACUUUUAUAUAAUCCAUAGAAUAUAUCUGUAGAGCUUGGGCAGGGGCAGGGUACCCCAGUUUGCCAACAUGCCAUGCCUGGGUGAAGGGGUAGAUAGGCCCAACAUUGGCUGAGUCCAGCAGAGACCAGCUCAGUGCAAUAUCUACUGGAUCACAUAGCUUCUGCCUGACUUCUGCGAGAUCACUUCCCUUUGAAACCGAAGCAAGGGCUGAUAUUACUACGCAGGAGCUGGGCUUCCCUUCCACGCUUUAUGAAGGAACAGCUGUUGGGAGCUUCUUCAGGUGUGCAUCCAACAUGGAGUGACUUGCUCGUGCAGCCCCUUGUUAUGUGCAGCUGUAACCAGUCAUUUGGAUUGUGAAAUUUAAUGAGUCCAAAGUUAUCUUGACACUUUAACCAGCUAGUUGUUCUUGAUAUUAAUCUGGUUGUGGUAGCGAUGGAGUGGUGGGGUAGCUGUGAUAGUCUAUGGAAUUAUGCUGGAGGCAAGGAUAUUUUGGGGUGUGCUAUCUUUUAUUGGACUAACUGCAUGCUUCAGAGAGAUUUUUAGGCAAGCUUCUUAAGCACAAAAGUGUACUUCUGUGAGUCUGAGAGCUCAGGCUGCGUUUGCAUCUGAAACAGUAAUUACAGUUUAGCUCUAAAAUCAAUAUUUGGAGUCCAGUGUAGAUAACGGCUUUCAAGCCCUGGUGACAGUUGUUCAAUCAGACAAUAAUCACUUAAAAUCUUCACCUGAAUUGUUUUGCUGAACAGGUUUUUUUGUUAUGAGCUCCCUGAAUGUGAAGAGGGCAGCAGAAAGCACAGGGCAGUGCAGUGCAGAGCAGGUUCUGGAUGUUGCAGAGUCUUUCACACGUGAGGGCUCUCUGCAUGAUUUCAUAGUGGGAGGGGAGCAGCUGUGAGUGAAGGCAUCAGCCAUUCAGCAGUGAGAAGUAGCCAUUGCCUGGUCCAGGGUCUUAGCAUCUGCUUUGGAUGGAGAGAUUUGGGAAGCUGGGGUUCUCACAUUAGCUCCAUCUCUGUGUCCUAGCAGAGAUGGACAGAAGGAGCAGUAGUUGUAGCGUCGCAUCAAAAGCUUCCACAGCUUACAUGUACCUCCCCUUCAUGUUGCAGGGUAGGAUGGCAUCAGCCUUGGGGAGGAGAAGGUGAGUUACCGACAGCAGGGGUGGGGAGUUUGGACCAUGAGACCCAAAGACGGGAGUCCUGCAGUGCAACAGCAAGAGGUUGCCUGGUGUACUGAGUGGUGUCAACAUGAGAUUGGCCUACAAAUUGCAUUGCACAAGCUGCAGUUAGAAUUUUAAUUAGUGAUAUGAGAGACACUUGAGGACUUCAACAUGCGUCUGACACCCUCAUUGUUAUGGCCAAUGAGUAAUGAUCUCUGCUUGCAAGUGCAUCCAUGUGAGCUGAGGUCCUGUCCUAUGUCAGUGUAUGAGUAAACCGUGGGCCAGGACACUUGUAAAUAUUUUGCAUUGCUAAAUACAGAUCUGCAUUUCAGUAA